AGGGAAAGCUUUUCAGUCGCUUCGGGGACAUCUUCAAAGACGGCCCUCAGAAUGCAGCGGCUGAAGAUUACAUCAAAGAACUUAUGAGAGCGCGGCUAGGGGCGAACUCUAUGCUUGCUGACGAGAUUAUACCUGAGUUUCCGGUAGGCUGUCGGCGACUGACGCCUGGACCCGGCUAUCUCGAGGCGCUGACUGCGGGAAACGUCAACAACAUUACCGACAGAAUCUCAGAGUUCACUGAAACCGGGAUUCGGACUGUGGAUGGCACUCUUCGUGAGGUCGAUGCUGUAAUUUGCAGUACAGGUCACGACAUCACAUUCAGCACCCAGUUCCCCGUUGUCCACAAGGGACUCGACCUACAAAAGGCUUGGAGGCCUGGCGGAAAACCGGGAUUCCCAGACACCUACCUGGGGAUGCUUGCUCCAGAGGUUCCGAACUUCAUUACAGUACUCGGACCAAAUGCCACAGGACCAGCAGGAACGCCGUGCCAUGCGGUCGCGAACCAGCUCACAUAUGUUGCCAAAAUACUUGGCAAGUUUGCAACCCAAGGUUUACGGACCAUAGCUCCGUCAACAGCUGCGACUCGUGAUUUCCGAGCCUAUACUGAAGCUUUCUUUCCUCGCACUGUCAUGAGUGAGCACUGCAGCUCCUGGUACAAUGGCGGUAUCAAGGGAGGGAUGAUCCAUGGUCUCUGGCCCGGCAGUGCUGUUCAUGUUGACCUGGUUCGAAAGGAUCCGAGGUGGGAGGACUUUGAGUACACCUAUCAGAACCCCCAGGGAAACAGGUUUGGGUGGCUAGGAAAUGGCUGGACCAAGAAGGAUGUUGCGGCUGCCCAUGGCGAGAGUGGUGUGGAAUUAGAUCUGACUCCUUGGUUGGAGAAGGGUGCUUUAAGUGGUGAUGUAGACCUGAGAAGCUACCAUGAGAAAUGGUGGGCGAGCUAGUAGCUGUUUCAUUGUUGCAGUUCAUCUAAGACUGAACAUAUAAAUUUCAUUA